AUGCCGGUGAUGAGAGGGCUGCUGGCCCCGCAGAACACCUUCCUGGAUACCAUCGCCACCCGCUUCGAUGGCACCCACAGCAACUUUGUGCUGGGCAACGCACAGGUCCAGUCGCUGUACCCCAUCGUGUACUGCUCCGACGGCUUCUGCGAGCUCACGGGCUACGCCCGGGCCGAGCUCAUGCAGAAGAGCUGCGCCUGCCACUUCCUCUACGGCGCCGAGACCAGCGACCUGCUCACCACCCAGAUCCAGGGGGCACUGGACGACCGCCGCGAGUUCAAGACCGAGCUGGUGUUCUACAAGAAAGGAGGUACCCAGUUCUGGUGCCUUCUUGACAUUGUGCCCAUCAAGAAUGAGAAGGGGGAGGUGGUGCUGUUCCUGGUGUCCCACAAGGACAUCACCGAAAACAAGAAGGACCAGGACCCUGAGCUGGGGGGUGAAACAGACGAGGAGACGGGCCUGAAGGUGCACCAGGUGACACGGCCCCCGGGGUUCAAUGCUAACCGGCGGCGCAGCCGCGCGGUGCUCUACCACCUGUCCGGACACCUGCAGAAACAAGACAAGAGCAAGCUGAAGCUCAACAACAACAUGUUUGGCGACAAGCCGCCCAUCCCAGAGUACAAGGUCGCCGCCAUCCAGAAGUCCCGCUUCAUCCUGCUCCACUACGGCGCCUUCAAAGCCGGCUGGGAUUGGCUGAUCCUGCUGGCCACCUUCUACGUGGCGGUGACCGUGCCCUAUAACGUGUGCUUCACCGUGGUGGGGGGGCGGGACGAGGGCAGCGGGGGCGGCUCGCGGAGCCCCCCCAGUGUCAGCGACAUCCUGGUGGAGAUCCUCUUCAUGCUCGACAUCCUGCUGAACUUCCGGACCACCUUUGUCAGCACGUCGGGCCAGGUGCUGUACGACGCCCGCUCCAUCUGCGUCCACUACGUCACCACCUGGCUCUUUGUUGACCUCAUCGCUGCCCUGCCCUUUGACCUUCUCUACGCCUUCAACGUCAGUGUGUACUUUGGCGUUCACCUGCUGAAGACGGUGAGGCUGCUGCGGCUGCUGAGACUGCUGCAGAAGCUGGAGCGCUACUCGCAGUACAGCGCUGUGGUGCUCACCCUGCUCAUGUCCAUGUUCGCCCUGCUGGCCCACUGGAUGGCCUGCGUCUGGUACUUCAUCGGCCGCAGAGAGAUCGACGGCUCCACGUCCUGGGAUAUCGGCUGGCUGCAUGAGCUGGCCAAGCGCCUGGGCACACCCUACUUCCUGUCCCCGCCCUCCUCGCUGGACCCCAACUCGCUGUCCACGGCGGCCGUCUCCGGCCUCCCGGCCAAUGACAGCGGCCGCUGGAAUGCGUCGGCGGCCUCGGCGGUGGCCUCGGGGUGGGACAACUGGAACGGGAGCCUUCCCGGGGGCGUGGCUGAGACGGUCACCGCUGUGAUGGGGACGAGCGGGGCGGUCGGCGCCGACGGCGGCGGCGGGGGCGGUCCCGGACUAGGCGGCGGGCCGUCCAUGCGCAGCAGCUACGUGACGUCGCUGUACUUCGCCCUGAGCAGUCUGACCAGCGUGGGUUUCGGCAACGUGUCGGCCAACACCGACUCUGAGAAGAUCUUCUCCAUCUGCACCAUGCUCAUCGGAGCCCUGAUGCAUGCAGUGGUGUUCGGUAACGUCACGGCCAUCAUCCAGAGGAUGUACUCGCGGCGCUCGCUGUACCACACGCGCACCAAGGACCUGAAGGACUUCAUCCGCGUGCACCGGCUGCCCAAAGCCCUGGAGCAACGCAUGCUGGAGUGCUUCCAGACCACCUGGUCCGUGAACAAUGGGAUCGACGUCAACGAGCUCCUGAAGGACUUUCCCGACGAGCUGCGGGCCGACAUCGCCAUGCACCUAAACAAGGAGCUGCUGCAGCUGACGCUGUUCGAGUCGGCCAGCAGGGGGUGCCUGCGCUCGCUCUCCCUCAUCAUCAAGACCUCCUUCUGCGCCCCGGGGGAGUUCCUCAUCCGGCAGGGGGACGCGCUGCAGGCCAUCUACUUCGUCUGCUCGGGCUCCAUGGAAGUCCUGAAGGACAACACUGUGCUGGCCAUACUGGGAAAGGGGGACCUGAUUGGCUCGGACUCGCUGACCAAGGAGCAGGUGAUCAAGACCAACGCCAACGUGAAGGCGCUGACCUACUGCGACCUGCAGUACAUCAGCCUGAAGGGCCUGCGGGAGGUGCUGCGGCUCUACCCCGAGUACUCCCAAAAGUUCAUCAGCGAGAUCCAGCACGACCUCACCUACAACCUGAGGGAGGGCCACGGGGCCGACGCGGACUGGGAGAGCAACGGCGGGUUGGUGAAGAAGCUGCCGUCCAUCCGGGAGGAUGAGGAGGGGGACGAUGAGCUGGGCACCGUGUCCUGCGCCCCACGCUCCCCGCUGCGCCCAGGCAGGGGCCUCAACUCCCCCAUCCGCUCCCCUCUGCUGCCCCCCAGGGCCUACCGGGGCCCCACGGAGCACGUCCGGCCCUCCUCCCUGCAGAUACCUGUGGUCAGCUUCAGUGCAGUUCCUGCUGAACUCAGCCCUAGAUUUGUGGAUGGCAUUGAAACAGACCACCACUCCGUUGCCUCACAGAAGUUUGAGUUUAGCCCAAUCAACUCACCUAUGGGUCCAUCCUCCCCUUUCCCAGGGAGCCGGGAUAAUUUUGAGAUCAAGCAGAGUGUGUCAAAACUAACAGAUGAGAUGAACUGUCUCACCAGGCAAGUGUCUCAACUCAGCCAGGAGCUUCAGGAAAUGACCAACCUGCUCAGGCCCCUCCUCUGCAUACCACCAAAGCCAAUGACCUCGGUGCUGACGCCAAGCCUAACCCCGCCUCCCAGCAGCACCAGCCUACUCACCCAGGCACCCGGCACCCUGCUGGACGGCGGGGACAUCGUGGGCAUGGACCUCCCCGGGUGCCUCCUCCCCACGGCGUCCUCCUCUGCCCUCAGGCCCCCCUCGUCCUCCUCCUCCUCCUCUCCCCCGCCGCCACUACAGCCACAGUUCAGCACACAGUCCGGGGUGACCACGCCCGCCCGCGAGCCACGCUCGCCUUGGGAAGGUGACCCCGACGGCUCCCCCGGCUACCAGAGUCUACAGAGCCUCCAUGCUGGUUCCAGUGACGGCAUUCCCAUCCCCUCGCUCCAGGAGAAGCCUCCCCUGGCUUCCCACACACCGUCCCCCUCCACGUCCUUCUCCUUGUCCACCUCCUCCGCCUCCUCUUCCUCUCUCUCCCCCUGCCAGGGCCCCCAACUCUCUCUCCCUGGCAGCUGUGACGGCAGCGGCCUGCUCCCCCCUCCACCCUCCCAGGACACGCCCCCGCCCGCGCCCCCGCCACCCUUCCCCUGCUCGGCGCCUCCGUCACUCAACUCCUCUCCGGGGGACGGCAGGCCCCGGGCCCUCGGGCCGUCCGCCCCAUUCACGCCCCUCAACCCCCCCACACCCUCCCUCCACCCUUCGGCCCUCUCCCUCCGCUUCUUCUCCCUGGACUCGGUGAGGGAGCGGCGGAGGGGUGGGAACGGCCACGUCCGGUCCUGGUCCAACGCGGCCCCGCCGCCAUGCGCCACAACCGGGCCCCCUGGGAGCCAGGAGCUGGAGAUGCGGGAGUGGGCAGCAGGGCCUCCAGAGGCCGGGAGUUUCCCCACAGAGCACGGCAUCAGUUUCAUAGACGAGGAGGGACACACCCUAUGA